AUGGAAAUCGCUGAACAGCUUUCACACUUCUCCGCUGCUUAUUUGAAGCGACUACUCGCUUCUGAUCCUCCCUUAUAUGGAACUCCGCCCCUUAUUUGGAAUAAUUUAGUGCUGCAUCAUCGCUAUGACUCUGGUGCUUCAUCAACAUACAAGGAAGAUGGACGCAAAAUGGCUAUCCAGUAUGGAACUGGGUCGAUGAAAGGAUUCAUUUCAAAAGAUAGCGUCUGUGUAGCUGGAAUUUGCGCUGAAGAACAACCGUUCGCUGAGGCAACCAGCGAGCCUGGCCUCACCUUUAUAGCAGCAAAAUUCGACGGCAUUCUCGGCAUGGCUUUUCCAGAGAUCGCUGUUCUUGGUAGGUUCUCGUGUGACUUAUGCAGAAAUAUGGGCUUUCGUUCGUAUUCCACGAAAAUUCCUGUUUGA